GCCUCCGUUUUGGUUUUGGAGUUCUUGAUGGGAGUCCUAAACACCUUCGAGAUUUUGCUAUAUAUACAUUAGAUUUUCGAUUCAUCGCUAAGUUUUCGCAGAUUCCCCUUCUUCUCUUCCCCGAUUCUCUGCAAUUUUUCUGUUCUUCAAUCCAUCAAUCCUUCACAAUAAUGAGGCUCCAAGUCGCCGACGACGAUCUCGACGCCAUUCUUCUUCCUCCGCCGAACUUCUCCAUGGUUGAGGACGGCAUUUUCCGAUCCGGCUUCCCUCAACCCGCCAAUUUCCCCUUCCUCCGCAGCCUCAAUCUCCGCUCCAUCAUAUAUUUGUGUCCUGAACCCUACCCUGAGGAGAAUUUGGAGUUUCUUAAAGCUAAUAAUAUCAAGCUUUUUCAAUUCAAAAUUGAAGGCAAAAAGGAGCCUUUCGUUUCGAUUCCGAAGGAUGCUAUUCUUGAGGCUCUAAAAAUACUAAUUGAUGUUAGGAAUCACCCCAUUUUGAUCCACUGCAAGCGUGGAAAGCAUCGAACAGGCUCGCUCGUGGGUUGCCUGAGGAAGUUUCAGAACUGGUGUUUGACUUCGGUGUUCGAAGAGUACCAGCGAUUUGCAGGCAUGAAAUCGAGGGUGACGGAUCUACAAUUCAUCGAGACAUUCGACAUUGCGUCUCUGAGGCAAUGUGUUUACAGCAUCAUAUAUCAGUACCAAGGUUAUAGCUCAAACAAGAGGAGGCUGUUGUAUAGAGAAGAAAACUUGCAAAAGCCUCAAACAACAUCAGUUUAGAAGAAAAUUUCAAUCCAUACAAGAACUCAACCUUCUUUAAUGCACAUAAUAUCAAGUUCUUGUCAAACCAUCAAGUCUAUGGUUCCCCAUUUUUUGGGUCCCAUUGAUUGCUCAGAUCCUAUUUUUUUUUCCCUUUUUUCUUUUUUUGUUUUAUCAUUUUUUUUUGCUUUUUUCUUAUUCAUAAGAAAUUAAAAAAAGGAAAAAGAAGGAAAAAGAAUAGCAAACUUUAUGGAAACUAUUAUUUCCUUAGUCAUAGAAGUUCAAGAAUAGCUUCAUCUGAUUGAUUGUUUUUUUAUGUAUAGUUUCAUUGGAUACUUGUUAUUUACUGAGAAUCAUAUAUUUAGAUUAUUAUUUUUUUUUACAA